AUGGUUCAAAAGUUCAGCGCUGUAUGGCUCACUCUCCUCGCAUGCGCUUUGGCUGUCCACGCCCUCGAACCCACGCCGGCUCCCAUUGCCAAGAGGCAACUCAACUUCCCCAGCUUCAGUGAUCCUGGUAUCGACUACGAGAAUCCUUAUCAGCUUUCGACCUACUACGAUGGCGUGUUUUCUUCCCUCGCGUCUCAGUAUCCCAACUAUGGACCACAAAUGAGGAGUGCGCAAGCGAGUGUCUACUCUUACCUCGGCAUUAUUAGUAGUGAAUACUACCGUACCGCAACCGUUUCGCCUAAUGCAGCAGCCACGCCAAGCAGAGGCUCCUCGGGCGGUAGUGGUGGCCAAUCCACCGGUGCAGGACUAGGUGGUGCAUCCGGCUCUGGCUCUGGCUCUGGCUCGUCCUCGGGCUCCAGCUCUGGUUCAGGUCUUGGGUCUUCGUCGAAUGCUGGUUCAGGACAAAACCCUGGUUCCGGUUCUGGUAUGAGCUCUGGAACUACCUCCAGCGGCUCUGGCUCCAGCUCUGGCUCUGGCUCCAACAAUGGCUCUGGCUCCAACAAUGGCUCUGGUUCCGGUGGUUCGAGGAACGAUGCAAGUGGCACGCUGGCUUGCCAGCCUCUUCUCUUGACUCUUACCGCAGUGAGCUUCGCUCUCCUAGCUGGAACCCUCGUAGUUUAG